AUGUUCGGUCCGGUAUUCAUCGCAGCUCUUGUCGCUAUUGCAGCUUCAGAAAACUGUCCAUCUGGAGGAGAAAUCUUCGCCAGAGGAAUCACCGAGGAAGGAAAAAUACAAGUGAUCAAAGCCCACAACGAUUACAGGCUUGAAAUCGCCAACGGAAGGUUGGCAAAUCAACCAAGGGCUGUUAACAUGAAGAAGAUGGUUUACGAUCAAGGUAUUGGAGAGAAGGGAAAAGUCGUGUCAGAUUCUUGCACGAUGCACCACAUCAUAGCUGAGGAUGAUCGUUUCAAUUGGAUCGGACAAAACUUGUACAUGAUGAGGAGCUCCGAAAAGGACGACGAAGGGCAGGACUGGAAUCGUGCAGUUGCUUCAUGGUUUAUUGAGAAUAAGGACUUCACCUAUCCUAACAUUACAGCAGAAAACAAGGUGACCGGACAUUACACGCAAGUGGCGUGGGCAGACAGCAAAAAUGUUGGAUGCGACUAUAUUUACUUCUACGAUAACACCACUCCGAUAACGCCUUAUUCCAAAUUGUACACUUGCAACUACGGACCAGGUGGUAACUACAUCGGCGUAGCACCCUAUGAGACAGGAACUUCUGGAUGCGAAAACCUUUGUUAA